UCAAAAAAAUUCUAAGCCCUCUUGAGUUCUCAGAAAUACCAACAUUUGGUUGGCAACGAAAAUGACAUGCGAAUGCAAGAUGUUUGACCAUUCACGUUAUAGAAGAGACAAAUUGUUAUUGUGUUAAGCACGGGAAUACUGAAUGUAAAGUUUUACAAAUUGGUUUAGAUGAAUUAAGUCCUUCCUUUAAAGAACGUUCCACUAGAAUUCCUAAAGCUUUUGCUCAGUUACAACCAACGUGUUGUAUUUUCACGCGAGGAGAAAGUAAAACCAGGAACCGGAUACGACAUAAUUGCGUGUUCUCUGUCAAAGGAGAGAUCGUCUCUAUCCUUGUUCCGGAUAAUUGGUUUUGAUUUUUACAUGAAACAUAUUCUACAUUUUCCGCAGAAAACUAGACUACUGUGUUUCUACGAAAUGGCAAUAAAUACCUGUUGAUUUAUAUGUAGUCUAGUUGAGGGAAGACCUUCGGUAAAAUGGAGAAAUUAGUUUCUUUAAAUGAAUCUGGGAUGUAUGAAGAAAUUGCAAAUUGCUUCUCCAAUAAUAGCGUGAUGAAUUCUGGAAAUAAUACGUGCAGGAAAAUUCCAUUUUCUGACGAUUGGCGUGCGGCGUUUGACACCGCCACUUCUAUUGGAGUAACACUAGCCCUAAUAAGUCUAGCGGGGAAUAUAUUGACGAUUGUCCAAAUCAGGAUGAAUAAGUUGUCACACUCGCCCACCUACACCGCCAUUUUGUGUUUGGCAAUAUCCGACAGUGUCGCCGUGGUUUUCAGGUUUUUAAAAUUCCGUGCGAAUUAUCUCUACGCCCUCAUCUUUAUGUGUAUAGAUGAAAACACCAAGGUCUACGACGCCUUUGCUGGGGUAUUUGCAUUUGCGACCUUAAAUGCCUCGUACUUUCAUCUAGUGAUGCUAAAAGCUCUGCGAUACUACAUUGUGGCCUACCCUCUGAAGAGCCACAGUGUUGUAACUUCCAGGAGAGUUGUCGGAUUUUCUAUAAUUUGUUGGACCAUAAGUGCCGUUAUAGGAGCAUUCUACGGACUUAAAGCCGCCAUGAGUGUGGGCAUGUUAUGGAAUGGCAUGACUAGUAGGACGUCCAUCAGUAUAGAAUUUGCCUGUGUGUUUUAUUUUCUUGCUAUCACGCUAAUUCCAUUUUUGACUUUACAUGUGAUGAAAAUUCGUAAAAUGCACACGUACAUGACUGUUCGUCAUCGCCAAGAGAGAAUGAUGCACACCAUGAUGGUCGCCAUUUGUGUUACAACAGUCGUCUGUUUGAUUGUCGUACUUGCUUUCUGCUUCUACUUCUUUAUAGAUGAAAAUGAUCCAUUUUACCUCUCAAAUGUUGCACAAAUUUUGUUUUUUGUAAAUCACGCAUCUCAUCCCAUUUUCUAUUUCUUAUUUUCUGAAGUGUCGAGGAACAGUUGUUGUCGUAAAAGACAAAAUUCGCCGUUUGACAGCAGUACAAACAGUCGUCUGCGCAAGACGAGACUACGAACAUUUCACAAGGACGAGUCAAUGUUGCAUGAAAAAAUUUAAAACAAUUUUAUCACUGCUUUCUGAGAAUUAAUUUGUUUGAAUCUUACUCAUAUCAGUAUGAAAUGUUGCAAAUCACGAUC